CAUUCAGCGCAAAAAACAAACAUAGUUCCUCAGAUUCCGCCGCUAAAAAUAGCAAAAGUGAUCGCACUGCUGAUGCAACGCAUCUGCCCGCAAAAAAACAAGACAAAAGCCCCGCCCCGGCGUGACGCGUGACCAUCACUCCUCACCCAUGGAGGCAGCAGCACGAGCAGGAGCACCGCGUGCCACUCGCUGCCUCCCCGCCUCCACCGCAGCCCCGCAACAGUGGUGCCCGCGUUCUUCUUCCAGCGGUGGAGAUCGCGCCCGGAGCCCAGCGAAUCUAGGGUUGCUGCUCCGCCCCCGCCUCCGCCUCGCGCCCUCCUCCGCGACCAGGAUAACGGGCGGGGGACUGCCGCCGGUCCGAAACCGGGGCUCCCGCGUCGAAUGCGCCGGCGGCCGGUCCAGCGCGGAGCACGUCGGGGUCAGCCUAGUUGGUGAGGACAGAGUCUUGGAGAUGUCGUCCACCGUGCCCAAGUCAGCUAAUAUCUUCUGGCAUGACUGCCCGGUGGGCAUGACUGAUCGGCAAAAGCUACUGAAGCAGAAGGGCUGCGUUGUUUGGAUUACAGGCCUUAGCGGUUCAGGUAAAAGUACCUUGGCUUGCACACUAGGGCGAGAGCUUCAUACAAGAGGGAAGCUUGCUUAUGUUCUUGAUGGCGAUAACUUAAGACAUGGUCUUAACAAGGAUCUUGGGUUCGCAGCUGAGGAUCGUGCUGAAAAUAUACGCAGAGUUGGUGAAGUAGCAAAGCUAUUUGCAGAUGCAGGUCUAGUGUGUAUUGCUAGUUUUAUAUCUCCGUACAGGAGAGACCGAGAGUCUUGUCGUGCAUUAUUGUCAGACGGUAGUUUUAUUGAGGUUUUCUUGAACAUGUCCUUGGAAUUGUGUGAAGCAAGGGACCCAAAGGGCCUUUAUAAGCUCGCUCGUGCAGGAAAAAUAAAGGGUUUUACUGGUAUUGAUGACCCUUAUGAAGCACCGUUGAAUUGUGAGAUUGAGAUCAAGGAAGUGGAUGGCGUAUGUCCUUCACCCUCUGACAUGGCAGAACAGGUGGUAACUUAUCUUGAGGAGAAAGGCUUUCUGCACGAGUAGACGGAAAUGGUCACCCAUGGGGCCGUUGUCGUGCUGGAGAGUAUUUGCACUAGAUUAGCGCAGAAUAAGUCAAGCGCGAGUAGGUUCCUCUGUACUUGUUUCGAUUGAUUGCGUGCGUUGAUCUGCUACCCAUAUGUAGUUCCGCUCCUCUCCUUUUUUCUCGUUGCUGCAAACAGGAAAAUGUCCUGUGCAAUGACAGAGUAGUAAUAUAUAUGAUCCUAGUUUAUUUGGCAUGUAA